CCGAGGCCGAUUGUCCGUCAGUGAGUGAGAGAGACAGAGCGAGGGAGGAGGCGCCAGCGGAAUUUACCUCACCGUGAUCGGAAAUAUAAAAUAAAACCCCGAUAACAAUAACCCCGGGCAGGAUUUCCAUCCGCUUCGGAAUUAACUCAUCGCGGGGACAUAUCACCAUCCGCCUGGGCCGAUCGCGCUCCCGACACAAUCAUUGUGGAGUAAUGUCGGAGGACGGGCGGCAUUACAGCGCCCCCCAGAGAUCAGGGACCGUGCAUAAUGGAUUCCGGGGGGAAGAAAGAAAGCAAGGAAGACGGCAUUGGCGACAGAGAAAAAAAGACAGAUAUAGAGAACACGAUGACCGAGUUGGGGGUGGUUUUCCCGUUCGGAAAAAGAAAGGGCGUGGCCCUUUUCGGGGAAAGAUGUACAGCGAGGGAAAUCACAAAUCGAGGAAUCGAGGCGGUGGAGGGUCCAACCCACGCUCCCGGUUCGAGGAUGAGGAUGGCGAUGUGACUAUGAAUGACCAUGAGUCACCCAGAUCACGAUUCACACCCUAUGGUUCAAGACCAUCUCGCCGCCCAGACAGCUGGCACGAUCGUGAUGGAGGGCCCUCAAGCAUUCAAGUUACUGUGAAGCAAAAUUCAGAGAGGAGUGCAAGUACCAAUACACGGCGAUCCUGGUUUAAAAUCACCAUUCCCUUUGGAAAGAAAUACGAAAAGUCCUGGCUUAUGUCAAGCUUACUUAAUAUCUGCAGUGUCCCCUUUACUCCUGUUCAGUUCCACUAUGACGGUAAUAAAGCAGUGUUCUAUAUUGAAGAUUCUACGACUGCAAAUGCUUUAAAACAGCUAUCAAGAAGAAUUGUUGACAAAGAUUUGUACCGGGUGACAAUCAUAAUAAGCCCCUCGGCGCCACCGUCCUCCAUUUCAAAUGAGCUCAAAUUAGAGGAAAUCGAGCACAUAAAGCAGUGUAUGAGUAAGCGUUACGAUGGAUCACAGCAGGCCCUUGACUUAAACAGCAUACGCAGUGACCCAGACCUUAUCUCCCAGAAUAUCGAAGUGGUGUUAAACAGAAGGAACUCCAUGAACACAGUUGUCAAAAUAAUAGAAGAAAACAUUCCAGAGUUGCUCUCUCUCAACUUGGGCAAUAACCGACUGUACAGGCUGGAUGACCUAGCAGACCUGAUUACCAAAGCUCCCAGUUUGAAAAUUUUGAAUCUUUCCAGAAAUGAGCUCAAAUCCGAAAGGGAUCUGGACAAAAUAAAAGGCUUCAAGCUGGAAGAGCUAUGGUUGGAUGGAAACCCUCUUUGUGACAGCUUCCGGGAUCAGGCUACAUAUGUCAGUGCUGUCAGGGAAAAAUUUCCAAAGUUACUCAGACUGGACGGCCAUGAGCUCCCUCCUCCAAUUUCCUUUGACGUUGAGACACCAACCACACUUCCUUCGUGCAAGGCUAGUUACUUUGGUACAGAUGAAAUCAAGGUGCUUGUAUCACGAUUCAUUCAGCAGUACUAUUCAGUUUACGAUUCGACAGACAGGCAAGGGCUGCUGGAUGCCUACCACGAUACAGCCUGCUGCUCGCUGAGUAUUCCCUUUUCUCCACAGAACCCUGCCAGGAGCAGUCUGGGAGAGUAUUUCAAGGAGAGUAGAAAUGUCAGGAGACUGAAGGAUCCAACACUUCGGGCAAAGUUGCUGAAGCACACCAGAUUGAAUGUUGUAGCCUUUCUGAAUGAACUCCCAAAGACACAACAUGACAUAGCCUCCUUCGUGGUGGACGUAAGCACACAAACAAAUACGUUGCUCUGUUUUACUGUACAUGGAGUUUUCAAAGAAGUCGAUAGUAAAUCCAGGGAAUCUGUGAGGGCCUUCUCCAGAGUGUUCAUUGCCGUGCCUGCUGGGAAUGCAGGGCUCUGCAUUGUGAAUGACCAGCUGUUCAUCAGGAACGCCACCACCGAGGAGAUCCGUAAAGCCUUUGUGACCCCAGCACCCACGCCCUCCAGCAGUCCAGUGCCCACUCUCACUGCACCGCAGCAGGAAAUGCUGCAGGCUUUCUCACAGCAGUCGGGCAUGAACAUAGAGUGGUCACAGAAGUGCCUGCAAGACAACGAAUGGGACUUCAAUCAAGCUGCCCAAAUCUUCACACAGCUUAAGGCCGAGGGAAAAAUUCCUGAAAUAGCAUUCGUGAAGCAGCUAUGAAGAAAAGCAAGUGUUACACUACCCCUUCAGAUCUGAGACUAAAUAGCCUUAGGAGCCGGGUCUCUGGAUUUUUUUUUUUAAAAAAAAGAGCGAAAUGCCGACUAUAAAUGAUAUACGUUAAGUAUAAUGUGAACUUUUCUUGCCACCAAGACUAACGAUUUUUAAAACUAUUGCACAGCAGUUCACGUUUCUAAGUCCAACUGUGUAGAUGUUGUUAUCAAAGUCCAGUGUAGCUUUUUGAUUUAUGUGUUUCGUCUGUGACGUGCCAGUGUUUUUGAAAUGGGUUUUUUAGUGGAGUUGGGGGGGGAUAGUUUUGCUGAACUUCAUGAGUAAUAUGGAAGUAUAAAUCUUAUUUUCCACCUGGCUGACAAUUGGGCUUUCCAGGCUUGGUUUGUCCCACAAGCUCAGCUCGCCUGUCCCAGUAACUUUGGUGAGCCAGGUGAAUUCGGCGCUCCGUCUCGGUGUCCGUCGAGCUCCAGACCCUGAAACGGAGCUGCUACCUUCCCUCACCACCACCCCCCCCGACCACUCCCAGGACAACUUCAUCCCUUUUUCUUUAAAGGCAGCCAUCGGAGAACUGCACUCUUCGCCCAAUUUCCCCAUUGUGAAAAUCGGCGGCGGGGGGGAAAGAGGCGAGGGAGGGAAAGGGUGCUGCACUGUCCGGCCCGGCCCGGCCCCAAACCAAAGCCGGCUUCGCAUGAAGCGACUGAGCCGCGUCUCGUCGGUUUGAACUGGUGGAGAGGAAAACUGCUAUGUUGGGUGGGUGGGGGUAGAAUGUAGUGCUUCACCUUGACGCUAGACUGACCGAAGUCUGGGGCCCAAUUCAACAAGCUCUUGUGCUGCCGCCUUCAUAACUUUUACCCACUCCGAGCAGCAGAUGAUAACCUGCCCACUUGGAUUCUCUGCCCCCCCCCCCCCCCCCCAACCCCAAAGGAUUUUUCAAGAAGUUUUUGAGCAAUUGUUUGUUAAUUUUCUAAGCUUUAAAUCCAGACUGACUCCUCUUCAGUUGUUCCAUUCCAGCAAGAUGGGCUCUUACCCCCCCCCCCACAUUUAAAAAGAGUAGGAAAGUUUUCAAAAGAGAGACAAAAUCCAGAAAACCCCAAACUUCUGACCUGUUCUGGGUGGGGGUAGAUACAGAAGAAGCUAAACAAACAGAAACCGGUCACCCCCCAGCGAUCGAAUUGUCUCGGCUCUGACCUCAUUCCCUUCACUAACCUUGAAAGUCUUGUUUUUUUUUUAAACCCCCCCCUUUAUUCCUAACGAUGCAAAGGUUUUCAGACACAGAGACACCUUUACAAGCGGAGCCCUUGUUCCCUUCCCUGGCUAGAACUGGUUCAAACCUCCAGUAUUUAGUCACGACCCCUUGCUACGGAGGUGGUUGUGGGGGGGUGGGUGACCCCCCACCCAGGCGGAGGAGGUUGCUCCCCGCCUGUAAGAGAGGCCGUCAAAAUUGUAAAAUUUGGGCGGCUGCUUUUUUGAAAACAAAAAUAAACACAGACACACCUUUAAGGUGCAGCAAAUUGGAUGUGUUUUCCCUCCAGGCCCUGGCUUGUCUAAACCAUUCUGAGGUUAUAACCUCAGCAGUAGGCCAUCAAGCAAUUGUGUCUUUCCAGUGCACUUUCACGCACCCAGAGGCAAAUUGUGCGCCUUGCUCGUUGAUUUGGUGAAAGGGGUUUUUAAGUUAGACGGGUGUUGAGUGUUGAGCCCAGAGCGAUAGUGGGGCAGUUAGCAGAAUAUGCACCAACUGGUGUGGGCCUGCGGAUCUGCCCUUUUUUUUUAGCUCUAUUCCAGUCAAUCUCAUGGGGUCAAGUGCCAUUUUGUCCAGUGUUGGAGGCUGACGAGCUUUCUAGAGCCCCUCGAUUUCCCAACUUGGGCUGAAUUCCUGUACUUUUGAGCAGAGCCGGGAUAUUUCCUGAUCUGGGAGCCUGCUGAUGUGUUACUACUCUGCAUCAUGGCUUCUCUUGAUAGCCUAAGAGGUAGAGACAGCACCCGAUGUCGCACCAAGUCAUACAGACCGGGGGUUUCUUGGAUCCCUGGCAUCUGUGGAGUUCAGCUGAUCUCAGUCGGGAUUGCCAGUAGGGGAGCUGUCAUUGACCUCUUCACCCUGGGUGAGGAAAACGGGGGGAUGGGUGGGCAAGAAUCAGCCAAGGCUCCCACUCCUGCUUGCUGUUCACUGUGGGCAUCAGGUGAGGGCAGAACCAGGCUUGGCAGCUGCAGUGCCCAUACCCAUCCCCAAAGAUUGAAUAAGCUGCUGCUAUUCCCUGUCCAGCGAUUGAAGGCAUUUGUUCUAAGUACUGGCACCAGAGGGCUGGCUGUAUAUCUGGGAUUGAAUCCCGUAGAAUGGGUUUAGAAUGAAAAUUCUAGCCUCAGUGACAUUGAACUUCACCUGGAAGUGGAGCGAGCACAAGUUAGCAAUAUCUUCAAUGUAACAGUGCAGCUGGUGCAUUGGCAAACAUUCACAGGGCACUUCACAGCAGCUUUGUUCCAAAGUUUCGGGGGGAGGGGGGCUGUGGUGGUGAAGGUGUCGGGGUUGGGGUUUGUUAUUUCGCAGCUCUCAUUUCCAGAGUGUGUGUGUUUGUGUGUGUGUGUGUGUGUGUGUGUGUGUGAGAGAGAGAGAGAGAGAGAGAUUGAGUACCAGUCUUUGUUACUUGGGGCUAUUGUACUGCUAAUGAUUGUACUGCUAAUGAACAAGGUGAGACUGUUUCAUUUGUUGCGACCUUCCCAUGCUUGAGAAAGAAAUGUGGAAUGCACCCUCCCGGGUGCAAUAUGUAGCAUUUCUGCAUUCUUCCCAGGCACUGCUGAAACUUACUGGAUCAGUGGAACAGUCUCCCUUUGCAUCAUCUCUGAAAAUUUCAAAUGAUUUGGUUUGGUUGGAGGUUUGUCACAAAUCUUAAGACGUAAACACUUAUCCACAAAGUGGUAUGCUCUUGUUAAUGAACUGUUUCAAAAGCAAGAUGCCCUUCUGAAAGGCACACUUGCUGGACUAGCGCCUAACACUUUUCACACUCUUCCCCAAGAGAUAAAAAGGGGAAUGUUUUACAUGUUAUACGAUAUCUCCGAUGGUUUACUCAUCCACGGGAAACCGAUAGAGCUCGCCCGGGUGCAGGUCACAGCGAUUGCAACUGAUUCCCCUAUUCGAGCACAGACAUAUUAAUGGCCUGCAUCAAGCACCUACUUUGAUCUGCUCUGGCAUAGUGGUCAACCAUCUCUCGCAAAUAGAAAUUGAAGCUGCCAGCUGCUGCUUGCUCAGAUCUCAACGUGCAUCGGAGAAAGGUUUUUAUCAACACUCAAUGCCCUGAGAUGGGAGUAAAUUGUUAAACCGAAGAAAUAUGCACAAGAAGCAAAGGUUUCAGACUGUACCCAACCGGGCAGAAAGUAACUUGCCAGUUGGAUGCUGGAUUUGUUCUCUCAACCCAUAGAAUGUGCCUCCAAGAUUUGCAUCGUUUGUGAAUGAAGUUCAGAGCUUCGGUGUUGUGAUUGGCACAGCCAGUUCCGCAGCCCCACAGAGUUGUUGAUGCUUUAUGAGAAACGUAUACCAAAAAAGUCAAAGUCUCUCUGUGCCUGAACUCCUCACUGGGUGACAGCCGGUCCUUGCCAUUUGUGAAGUGAAAAUUUGGGGAGGUUUGGACCACAACAUUUCCGAUUUGGAGCAUAUUGUGAGAAUGACAAACCAUUGGCUGUGUUGAUUUGUGAAUAUUGUGUGCCUUCCCUCCUGUUGGCUAAACGGUUAUUGUGUGAUUUGACAAUUGGCAGGUGAGAAAAGGCCCAUAUUCGAAAUUCCCAUUUCCCUUAACAGCCCUCCUCCCUUCACCGUGUAAAUAUUUGCCCUCAGACUGCUGAGCCAUCUGAUUGGGAGCCCACCUCCUUUCUGCUCUCAUCGCUGUGAAGAACAAAAUACUUUUUUAUUUUAAAAAAAAAAAUCCAUUAUCCAUCGGUUCACGCCAUUCAUUUAUACAUUGGCCAAACAAGUGGUGCUUCUCCUCAUGUGGUAGCUGUCUGUCGAAGGGGGAGGAGUGAUUUUCAACGUUCUACCCUAACUCAUCUUCAGAAGGCUGCCACUGAACGUUGUUCAGUGACUGAAGGAUGGCGUUCACCUCAGCUGUUAGAUUUGGUACUUGUGCCUCAAAAAGACCAAGGUGGUUGUGUUCACUGUCGCUUUAAACUGGAGAAAGCUCGGGGUGGAACACAAUCUUCUUGCAGAGAAUCCUCUUUCAGGUGUAGCAUUCACCAUUGUAAUUUAUUACCUCCUGUCACCAGAGAUGAUUGAAAGUCUAGGAAAAGGUCUGGGAACUGGAGUUUCCCUUGGCCAGAGCAAGCCCAAAGCAAUAGGAAGUGGCACUGUAUUCUCAGAGCAGCCACUUCUUUCUCACUUGCGUGGUCUUUUUCUGAAUAGACUAGUGCAACGCAUGUUGACUUGUCUAACCUUUUCUCCCUACACCAGUCUUCCAUGCUGGGCAGUCACUCUAACCAGUGUGUCUUCACCCUCGUUGGCAGACAUUAGAUGCUCUGUCAACAGGUGGCCCAGGGUACCUGCCCAAACUUGUGUUAGGACCGGCACUUCCACCAUGUGCCAACUUUGCUGUCGUCGAGCGGAAGUGUAGCCCAGCGCAGUGGAAGGAAGUGCUGGUGACUUUCCCCCUCCCUAGUCCCCUCAGCUCACCCAGAUAAAGAGCAAGAUUGGCAGAUUCCUGGGAGCAGGUUUCUUGCUACUGCACCGGGAGGUGUGCACAGCAUGGAGUGACUUUGGGAAGAAGUAUAUUUAAAUUGGAGGAGGUGGAAGGGAGGGAGAGAAAACUCAAAGUAAAGAAGUGCCUAUUAGCCAACAGAACGGAAUGGUUAAUGCCCGUUAUUGUGUACUGUGUUGGUGACAUACAUUGGACUGUUGUGUGAUUUAUUAUUUUCCCCAUGGAGUGGGGGAGUGGUAUUGGGAAUACUUUCCCCACAUUUCCCCAUGUCCUUCUCCUGUUUGGCCUUGAUACCUUGCAGUCUGGAGGAUAGCACCAGGUUGCUAUCUGUGCCACACUGAGGCACUGACUGCUAGAAGUUGUUGGGGACUGAUCCAGCCAUGGAUCACCACCUCCUGCUAUCCCUUGGUCACACUGGGAGAUUCCAAGGCCUCUGCUUUGAUGUCUGUCAGUGUGAGCUGGUUCGUUGAGGGAGCUGAAUGGAGGAUGGCUUCAGCUUGCUGGUACUCUUUACACUUUGCACCAUCCCUAGUUUGUUCUCAUGCUUAAAUUCCCUGGGAUGUCAUUUAAUCGAUUACCAGAGGUUAUCGCAAAGACACCUGGCCUGCAUGUUGUAAACCAACAGUUGGCAAUCGAUCUGCCAACAGGAGGAAGGUUAUCGCUGGAGUCUUGUAAUACAAGGGUGUUGCUCAUAUUUUGACUCCCUGUUCUAUGCUUUCCUCUAAGCCCAUCCAUCCCACCCCACCCUCAAAAAAAAAUACAGUUAAAAGCUUCAUUGAAUGUGGUUCCUUUAUUAUGGAAGGUGGCAGUGACUGGAAGCAAAGGCAGGAGUUACAUUUCUGUAGGAGCAUGAAAGAUAGAAAAUGUUCACCGCCUCCUGCAGCCGUAGGCCAAGGAGUAGCCUUGUCCAGUUUACUCCUUAACUUGGGAUGUGGCCGGGUUCAUCAACUUCCAGAAUGUGCUGAUUGAGUUGGAUCCUGUCCAGUGCCUUGAAGGUGAAGAUUUGAGUGGUGUGUGUAAUUAUCAACUGUUGGGGGAACUUUGCAGUUGGACCUUUCAUUUCCCCCCCCCUAUUGUGGACUCCUUUUAAAGUCAUUUGUUGUUCUGCCCGAGUCACUUUUGAAGCUUUCCCUCCGAUGCGGUCCUGUUUGGCGUGGGAACUUUUGAGAGUUGCUUGAGUAGUGGUUCCUGACAGAACUCGGCCGCGCCUCCCAUUAACAUCCUCCUGAACCAAGCCGCCUACGUCCUGUGAUGUCCUGCCGUGGGCUUCCUGCUGAUCACCUUCCAUCCCCAGUUCGCUGUGGUCCCCACACCAUGUGUCAGACACGUAGCCGGCUUCGGGCCACUGCGAGAGAAUUUUGCAGAAGUGUCACAGACCCUUUUUUUUUUAGUUGACAGACUGCAAAUGCGGUCUUUAACAUUACAGUCCAGUGUGUGUCCGUAUUUUUAUUUUUGAGAGCUCAUAUAUCUGUUUUAGUAUCUUUCAAUGAAAUGUUAAUAGUUCAAUGGUUAUUGAGCAUUCUAUAACUCAGUUGUUCCAGCAUUGACCCACUUCCCGUAAAACUUCAUUUUACCACGUUGUACUUUUAUUCUGACUUUCAAAAGCACAGAUCAGUGAAUAAUCAGCUUGUAAAUAAAAGUUUUUUCUGACAUUC